UGGGCUAUCACAACAUCUAGGUUAGCUGGUUUAUGAACGGGUAUUGCACAUUUUCCUUCGUCUUCAGACAACGACCCACACAACAAGACAACCAUGACCUCCAACUGUCGACGGCCUGAGCACGCAGGUCCUCCAGAUGUGUACUACAAUGAAGUCGAGGCAAAGAAAUACUCUCAGAACUCUCGAAUGAUUGAGAUCCAGACCCAGAUGUCAGAGAGAGCUUUAGAGCUUUUAAACCUGCCGGAGGGACGGCCAUGUUUCCUGCUGGAUGUGGGGUGCGGCUCUGGUCUCAGUGGAGACUACCUGUCUGAGGAGGGACACUUUUGGGUUGGGCUCGACAUCAGCACCGCAAUGCUGGAUGUUGCACUGGACAGAGAAGUAGAGGGAGAUCUUUUGUUGGGGGACAUGGGCCAGGGGAUGCCUUUUCGAGCCGGCACCUUCGACGGUUGCAUCAGUAUCUCUGCUCUGCAGUGGCUCUGUAAUGCCGACAAGAGGACACAUAGUCCUCCGAAAAGACUCUACACCUUCUUUAGUACACUCUACUCUUCUCUGUCAAGAGGCGCACGUGCAGUUUUCCAGCUUUAUCCAGAGAACUCCGAACAGCUUGAGCUGAUCACGAUGCAGGCCAUGAAGGCAGGCUUUGGUGGAGGCAUGGUGGUGGAUUACCCCAACAGCACCAAGGCUAAAAAGUUCUUCCUGUGUCUGUUUGCUGGAGUAACAGGAGCCCUUCCCAAAGCAUUGGGUUUAGAAACCAGAGCUGUUUCAAACCAGGUCCAGUAUUCAGGACAACGAUCCCGGUUCAAGAACAUGAAGGGGAAAUCGGUGAAGAAGGGACGAGAUUGGAUCUUUGCGAAGAAGGAGAGGAGGAGAAGACAGGGACGGGAGGUUCGAGCCGACACAAAAUACACUGGACGUAAGAGAAGAACGACUUUCUAAGUGACUCAUGCAGCUGUGCCUUCAUUAGCUCUCGUCUGUCCUGCCGCACACAAUCACCCUUCAAGCUGCGGCGCGUUUGGACUCAAAGUCUUUUAAACCAAGUGAAAGAGAUGCAACAGUGGAACGCCGUGAUGGCCAAUCCUUUUCCAUAUUUGGUUGGGUGUUGGGCAGUUUGUUUCUCACUAAUAGUUGGAAGAUUUCCUUCUCCAUGUUCAUGUUGGCUGGAAGAUACGAAGAACAUGGACAGACAUCUGUACUGCUUCCAGUGCCGGCAUUGACGGCACCAAUAAUGUUGAAGAAUUAAAAUACAAUUUUUUCAUAAAUUAUCAAAUGCCACAUCUUCUUCAUCUAUAUCUGAUCGGUUGUUUAUUAAAAAUCUACAAACAGA